AAAAAAAAAAAAAAAAAUCAUUUUUUUCACAGAAAUCUUAUAGUCGUUAAAAGAAAAUCGAUAAACUAGAAAAAGUUGAAGUAUUUGCUGGGGGCUUCGGAGUUCGGAGGCAGGAUGGCAAGAACCUCAAGGCUGAUUUUGGAGGAUGAGUACGAGGCUGAGCAGAGAAAGCAAGCAGCUGCUGAUGUCUUGUAUCAAUAUUCACAGUUUGUUAUGGUAUGUAUUGGGCAUGGUGUUCGGCCUACUGAUUUAAGGUUGCACUUAAUGAAGGAAGUUUCAGGGAUGCAAACCUCUCUGAAGAAAGAACCAUUGCCAUCUCCAUCCUUUCCAGAUUCUACAGCUGAGCCUUCAUCCUCUGGAAACGAUAGAGAUGAUAGAUCUUAAGAAGAGCUCUCGAUCAUCUUAAAUAUACAAUAUUUUUUGGUUUUCUCAUCUCUCUGGUAUUUAGAUAUCUCACCUUUAAUUGUUCAGCUGCUGAAUUUCUUUCAUGUAAUUUAUAAUAUACCUGCUUACUAAAUCCUGUAGAUUUUUCUUUCCUUUGUAUCUCAUCAAAUGCCUAAGAAGGAAUUUCUAUAUCCUCUGAAAUUACAGAGUUCGUUUAUUAA